ACAUCAGGAAACAAAGAGACAGGCAGCCAGUCCAUAUUGGAAAACAGUUCUUUUUCUUUAUAAACAGCAAAAAAGCUUUAGAGAAAUUUUAAAUCUGUUUGGUACUUCAGUAGCUUAAUAAUGAGUUCUAACUUUGUAGAAGCCUCAAAACUAAAGCCUUCAGAGUUUGAAGAGCAAUAUUUUGAUGAAUACGAUUACUAUAACCUGACAGAUCGCUACUCUGUGCCUAGGGGAAGCAGCUCUAAAGGCAGGACUAAAAAAGAAGCCAGUGAAAACACAAACAGGCCCAACCCUGGAGGACAUGAGCGGAAGAUUGUGGACAAGAUGCAGAAGACAGAGAAGAAGAAAAAGGAACAAAAAGAGUAAAAUAAUCAGAGAAUUGAACUGACUGGUGAAAUACAGGUUCCAGAAAAAUGGCAAAGUCACACGGCAUGAGAUUACGGAUCUGCAAUGGCCACAGUGCCAACCACAGACAAGAAAGAAGGAACACAAGAGGGCAUACUCUUUCUAGAAUUUGCUUUCUGUAUUUUGUGAAUGAUUUGCACCAAGAUGGGUGAUCCGAAUGUGCCCUAAGCAGAUAGAUCACUCCCAGCCACCAUAUGUGGCCUUUUUGUACUUGGUCGGUGAGGAGAUAUUAUUAUUCUGUUUUGUCAAACAACUGUGCAGUGUUUUUUUAAUAUUGUGUUUUAGAAUAAGAUAUUAUAAAUUUUUCUUGCACCUAUGUUCAUUUCUGCUGGAGAAAUGGAAUAGUAGUGGCUACUUUUCCAUCCCUUACUAGCAAGUACGGUUGCUAAGUAAAUGGUAUCCAUCUUAUUUCAGUUCUUGCAAGCAAAAUCAAUAGUAAAGAUACAAGAUGGUAUUGCUUUCUAUUCAUUUUAAGAACAUGAAAGUACAUUUCAUGAGUUAUACAUAAUACAAUCUGAAAGAAACUGUCAUGUAGCCAUCAUAAAACAUCUUGUCCAUGUACUGCAUGUGUCAGAAUUCAAAUCUACAAACUGUUACGUUCAUGCAUGAUUAAAGUGCAGUCAUUACAGUGUUUUGGAUGUUUUUUUAUAUUAGUAUCUAAAUAUUGUGUGUGAUACACAGAAAGUAAACUUGUAUCAGUGGAACUACAUUAAUAAAAGACAUCUUAUGUAAAAUUGUUCAAAUCAUA